AUGGCGGACGACAUCGUCAUCGACAAGGCUCUCUUCCACGAGCGCCUCAACAACCUCGUCACCAAGUGGAAGGCCGACAAGCGCUCAGGUGACCAGGUUUUCCAGGGCGCAGGCUCAAUCGCAACGCUGGUCGGCAAGGCGAGCGAGCCUGGCAUUUACCAGAAGCCCGCCGCUUUCCAGUUGUGGUUGCUAGGCUACGAAUUCCCUGCCACGCUCUUCGUCAUCACCCCCGACCUCGUCCAGAUUGUGACAACCAAGAAGAAGGGUGAGUCACCUGCCUACCUUGAGCCGCUCAAAGGCGGAAAGGUGCCUGUCGAAAUCUUGGUGCGCGGCAAGGACGCCGAGGAGAACAAGAAGCAGUUCCAGACAUGCAUAGAUACGAUCAAAAAGGCCGGCAAGAAGGUCGCCGUCAUGAAGAAGGAAAAUGCCAACAACGCCUUUGCGAGCGAGUGGAAAGCCGCCUUUGACGAGGCUGCCUUCAAGGAAGAGGACCAGGUCGAUCUCGCCUCCAUCCUGUCCAAUGCCGCCCUGUCUGUCAAGGACGAGAAGGAGCUGAGGACCAUCCGCGAUGCGGCGCGAGCCUCGAGCGCCCUUAUGACCAACUACUUUGUCGAAGAAAUGUCCGACAUCCUCGACUCUGAGAAGAAGAUUUCCCAUCGCGCCCUUGCCGACAAAGUCGCCAACAAGAUCGACGAUGCCAAGUUCUUCGAGAAGCAGAAGGUGUCCAAGACAUUUGACUCGCUGCAGCUAGAUUGGUGCCUGCAGCCCACCAUUCAGAGCGGUGGCUCCUACGACUUGAAGUUUGCGGCCGAGCCCGACGAGAACAACUUGCACGCUGGCGUCAUCAUUUCUGUUCUUGGUCUGCGUUACCAGACAUACGGUGCCAUGGUUGGCCGAACAUACAUGGUCGGCCCCAACAAAGAGCAAGAGAAUGCAUACAAGCUACUUUUGGCUAUUCAUGACUUGGUUAUCAAAUCCCUCCGCGAUGGCGUUGUGGCCAAGGAUGUUUACAACAAAGCGCUUGCUAUGCUCAAGUCGAAGAAGCCAGAGUGGGAGAAGCACUUCCCCAAGAACCUUGGCUAUGGUAUCGGUGUCGAGAACAAGGACUCUUCACUUCUUCUGAGCGGCAAGAACACCCGUGUACUCAAGGACGGCAUGACUCUUGUUGUCCAGACUGGCUUCUCCGACCUUGAAAACAGCAAGCCACAGGACAAGAAGAGCAAAAACUACUCGCUUGUACUAGUUGACACGGUUCGUGUUGGACAGGGCGAAUGCGCCGUCUUCACCAAGGAUACCACAUCGGACCUGGAUGCCGUCUCGUUCUUCUUUGACGAAGAAGAGGAAGAAGCCAAGCCCAAGGCGAAGAAAGAGCGCCCGGCCAUUGCCCAAACCAACAUCACAAAGACCCGAACGCGCCACGAGCGAACGACGAACCAAGAUGCUGAAAAAGAAGAGCAACGGCGACAGCAUCAAAAGGAGCUACAUGCUAAGAAGCAGGCUGAGGGUCUCGAGCAGUACAGUGAGGGCGCAAAGUCGCUAAAUGGCACUGAAGAAAAGAAGUUCAAGAAGUUUGAGUCUUACAAGCGUGACAACCAGCUUCCCAGUUCAGUGGCUAACCUGGAGAUUGUCGUCGACAAGAAGAACCUUACAGUCCUUCUGCCUAUCAUGGGUCGACCAGUACCCUUCCACAUCCACACUAUCAAGAAUGCAUCACAUACCCCCGAAGCAGACUUUACCUCUCUUCGAAUCAACUUCCUCUCACCUGGUCAAGGUGUAGGCCGAAAAGAUGACCAGCCUUUUGAGGACCCCAACGCACACUUCAUUCGCAGUCUGACAUUCAAAUCGCAUGAUGUCGAUCGCAUCGAUCAGAUUACCAAAGACAUCACCGAACUGAAGAAAGAGGUUGUUCGACGUGAGACUGAGAAGAAGCAGAUGGAGGACGUUGUUGAGCAGGACAAGCUCAUUCCCCUCAAGUCUCGCAAGCCCCACAUGCUCGAUCUCAUCUUCAUCCGCCCAGCACUUGACGGCAAGCGUAUCCCUGGUAGCGUCGAGAUUCACCAAAACGGUCUGCGCUACGUCCACGGCAACGGAAGCGCCAAGAUCGACGUGCUCUUUAGCAACAUGAAGCACUUGUUCUUCCAGCCCUCGCAACACGAGCUGAUUGUCAUCAUCCAUGUCCAUCUCAAGAACCCCAUUAUGCUUGGCAAGAAGAAGACCAAGGACGUGCAGUUUGUCCGAGAAGCCACAGAGAUGCAGUUUGACGAGACGGGCAACCGUAAGCGCCGCCACAAGUUUGGUGACGAAGAAGAGUUUGAGCAAGAGCAGGAGGAGCGUAGGCGACGUGCUGCUCUCGACAAGGAGUUCAAGAACUUUGCCGAGAAGAUUGCCGAUGCUGCACGCAACGAGAACGUCAGCGUUGACAUCCCGUACCGUGAGCUCGGGUUCAACGGUGUACCCUCGCGAUCUUCGGUUCUUGUGCAACCGACAACCGACUGCUUGGUCCAGCUUACUGAGCCUCCCUUCACAUGUCUUACCCUUUCAGAGAUUGAGAUUGUGCAUCUUGAACGUGUACAGUUUGGUCUCAAGAACUUUGACAUGGUUGUUGUGUUCAAGGACUACAACCGUCCGCCUGUUCACAUCAAUACCAUUCCAGUCGAGUCGCUGGACCCAGUCAAGGACUGGCUGGACUCUGUCGACAUUCCGUUUACCGAGGGACCUUUGAACCUCAACUGGGCCACCAUUAUGAAGACUGUGACGUCUGACCCGCACCAAUUCUUUGCUGACGGUGGAUGGUCCUUCCUCUCGACCGAAACGGACGACGAAGGCGAUGGUGACGAAGAGGAGGAGUCUGCGUUUGAGGUGUCAGAGUCUGAGCUGGCCAUUUCCGACGAGUCGUCUGAUGAGAGCGACUUUGACGAGAAUGCGUCGGAUGAGAUGAGUGAUGAGGGGUCGGAAGAGGACUUUUCCGAGGGUGAGAGCUGGGACGAGCUGGACAAGAAGGCGGCCAAAAAGGACAAGGAGGCUGCGCUGGAUGAUGACGACGACGAGGACAGCAAGGGCAAGAAGAGGAAGAGGUAG